CCCCCACUCUCAUUCCACACCAAAAAUCACAAGCCCUCUCAGCUGGGAAACCAAAAACCCAUCUAUUUUGUUCCUGAAAAACCCCCGAAAGGAAAAUGGCAGUUUUGGGUUCUUCCUCUUCUCUUUUGAAACUCUUUCUUGUUGCUUCUUUGAUCCAAGUCUCUUUGGGUUCUAGCAGAUUUUUCCAAGUCUCCUUGGCAACAAGGAAGCUCAGUGAGCUUGUCCAAGGCCAAACCCAGCUCUUGAAAUACCACAAUGGCCCUCUUCUUUCUGGCAAAAUAGCCAUCAACCUCGUUUGGUAUGGCAACUUCAAGCCUUCCCAGAAAGCCAUCAUCUCAGACUUUAUCACCUCCUUGUCUUCAUCUUCACCCCCAAAAACCACCCCACCAUCCGUCGCCACGUGGUGGAAAACCACUGAAAAAUACUACCACCUCAGCUCUAACAAGAAGACCUCUGUCUCCCUCUCUUUGGGAAGACAGAUUCUUGAUGAAAAAUACUCCCUUGGGAAAUCCCUAACCACCAAACAGAUAGUGCAAUUGGCCUCAAAGGGUGACCAGAAAAAUGCCAUCAACGUCGUUUUGACGUCUGCCGACGUGACUGUUGAUGGGUUCUGUAUGAACCGAUGCGGGACCCACGGGUCUGCUUUGGGCUCCACCAAAACUGGUCUCAUCAAGGGCAGCAAGCGUUCCAAGUUUGCUUACAUUUGGGUUGGAAACUCAGAGAGACAGUGCCCAGGGCAAUGCGCCUGGCCAUUCCACCAGCCCAUCUAUGGUCCCCAGAGCCCACCACUGGUGGCCCCCAACAACGACGUGGGCCUAGAUGGGAUGGUCAUCAACCUGGCUAGCCUCCUGGCCGGGACAGCAACCAACCCUUUUGGAAACGGCUACUUCCAGGGCCCAGCUGAGGCGCCAUUGGAGGCUGCUUCAGCUUGCCCUGGGGUUUAUGGGAAGGGGGCUUAUCCUGGUUAUGCUGGGAACUUGUUGCAGGAGCCCUCGACUGGCGCAAGCUACAAUGCCAAUGGCGCUAAUGGAAGAAAGUACUUGCUUCCUGCUCUAUAUGACCCUGCAACUUCAUCUUGCUCAACUUUGGUUUAAAUCUUCUGUGGGGUUUGUGAACUUUUAGUAGACGGAAAUGUAUACGCCUGAUUAGGAGUAGAUAUAUUCAUUGAUUUGUUGUAAUUUCUUUUGUUAUGCGGGUUAUAAUUAUAUAAAAAGCAAAUUGUUCUGAUUUGCACCAUAAAACUUUGUCCCUU